GAGACUCUGGCGCUGGGGCGGCGAGCCUGCUACCUCGGUUACUGGCAGCAACACAGCCGCCUCGGGUUGCAGGCGCUCCCCACCCUGUCCACAGCGGGGACCCAUGGAGCGCUCCUUGCACCGCGUCUCCCUCGGGAGCCGGCGCGCCCACCGCGACCUGUCCUUUUACCUCACCACUUUUGGUCAGCUGAAGCUGUCGAUUGAUGCCCAGGACCGGAUUCUUCUGCUCCACAUCAUUGAAGGCAAAGGACUGAUGAGCCAAGAACCUGGAGUCUGUGAUCCCUAUGUGAAGAUUUCUUUGAUCCCGGAAAGUAAUCAGAUACGCUCUCAGAAGACGCAGACCAUUCCAGACUGCAGAGACCCAGCUUUUCAUGAGCACUUCUUCUUCCCUGUGCCAGAGGAGGAUGAUCAGAAGCGUCUUCUGCUUACCGUGUGGAACAGAGCCAGCCAGACCAGGCAGCGUGCACUCAUCGGCUGCAUGAGCUUUGGGGUGAGGUCCCUCCUGACUCUGAACAAGGACAUCAGUGGCUGGUACUACCUUCUGGGAGAGGACAUGGGCUGGACCAAGCACCUGAAGGUGGCGAGGAGGCGGCUGCGGCCCCUAAGAGACCCGCUCCUGAGAAUGCCAGGAAGUGGAGACACUGAAAAUGGGGAGCGACUCCAGAUCACCAUCCCGAGGGGUGAGGAUGGCUUUGGCUUCACUAUCUGCUGCGACUCUCCGGUCCGAGUUCAGGCUGUGGAUUCCGGAGGCCCAGCAGAGCGAGCAGGGCUGCAGCAGCUCGACACAGUGCUGCAACUGAAUGAGAGACCGGUGGAGCACUGGAAAUGCGUGGAGCUGGCCCACGAGAUCCGGAGUUGCCCUGGCGAGAUCAUCCUGCUCGUGUGGCGCAUGGUCCCCCAGGUCAAGCCAGGGCCAGAUGGCGGUGUCCUGCGGCGGGCCUCCUGCAAAUCGACACAUGACCUCCUUUCACCUCCCAACAAGAGGGAGAAGAAUUGUACUCAUGGGGCCCAGGCACGGCCUGAGCAGCGACACAGUUGCCACCUGGUGUGUGACAGCUCAGAUGGGCUGCUGCUCGGUGGCUGGGAACGCUACACUGAGGUGGGCAAGCAUGGAGGACAGCACACCUUGCCCACACUGUCCCGUGCCACUGCCCCCACCGACCCCAACUACAUCAUCCUGGCCCCGCUGAACCCUGGGAGCCAGCUGCUGCGGCCUGUGUACCAGGAGGAUACCAUUCCUGAAGAAUCGGGGAGUCCCACUAAAGGGAAGUCUUACACAGGCCUGGGGAAGAAAUCACGACUGAUGAAGACUGUGCAGACGGUGAAGGGCCGAGGGAACUACCAGGACUGCUCGCUCCUGAGGCCACACGUCCCGCACUCAAGCUAUGGCACCUAUGUCACCCUGGCCCCCAAAGUCUUGGUGUUCCCCGUCUUUGUCCAGCCCCUAGAUCUCUGUAACCCUGCCCGGACCCUCUUGUUGUCAGAGGAACUGCUGUUGUACGAGGGGAGGAACAAGGCUUCCCAGGUGACACUAUUUGCCUACUCAGAUCUGCUGCUCUUCACCAAGGAGGAUGAGCCUGGGCGCUGCAACGUCCUGAGGAACCCCCUCUAUCUCCAGAGCGUCAAGCUGCAGGAAGGUUCUUCAGGAGACUUGAAAUUCUGCUUGCUGUAUCUAGCGGAGAAGGCAGAGUGCUUAUUCACUUUGGAGGCACACUCGCAGGAGCAGAAGAAGAGAGUGUGCUGGUGCCUGUCGGAGAACAUCACAAAGCAGCAACAGCUAGCAGCCUCACUGCCCGAGAGGAAGAAACUCCACCCUUACGGCUCUCUCCAGCAGGAGAUGGGGCCGGCCAACUCCACCAAUGCUACCCAGGAUAGAAGCUUUACCUCAUCAGGACAGACUCUGAUUGGCUGAGUAAACCCAAGGGCGGGACUCUGCUUCUGGCAACUUAACCCUUUCUGGGGCAUCCCCUACCACACAGUAACCUCACCUCAACUGGACCCAAAACGGAGGACCAAGAUGGUGGGACUAGGGUCAUCUUCAGGGAAUGGUCCUAAGGGUGUGUGUGGACUGGCAACAGGUGAAUCAGUGGUGCAAGAGGCCCUGUGGGCACGUGCAGACUGGCAACAGGAAGUUCUGAAGACUCAGAAGCUUGUUCCUUCCAAGAAGAAGGCUAAAUGGCAUCUGGGCACCCACCUUGGGGGCAGCAGGUGAUGGGAGAGGUCACCUCAAUGAAGAACAAUGCCAUGACCUGUGUUGCCUGAAGACAUCUCCACCAUUCACUCACUCUUCAUUGGGACACAUUCAUUUGUUCAUUCAGUGGAUAUCUGGGGGCAUCUCUGGUGGCAGGCUCUGGGCUAGGAGCUUGGGGAUACUUUGGAGAACCAGAUGGGCAUGGCUUCUGCUCUCAUCAAGAUUCCAGUCCUAGUAGGGAGUGAGCAUUAAAUAAAUCAGCAUCAGCACACAUGUGAUCACACCCUGGGAGAAGUUGUGCAGGAGCAGGGCAAAUGCCUUUAGAGGAAUUAUAUCUAGAUUGCUCCAUGUAGGGGUUCAGCUAGGGAAAGACAUGGCUGAGACCUACGGGCUGGAAAAGAGCAAGCCAUCCAAGGACUUGGGAGAGGACAUUCCAGGUAGAUGGAACAGCAUGCAAGAGUUCCUGAGAUGGGAAGGAGCUUGGCAUGCUGGAGAAGCCAGGAGAGGCCAGUGUGGCUACAGCCUAGGGAGGAAGAAGGAAGGCAGGCAAGAUUGUGUAGCACUCAGGCAGUGAAUGUUUUAUUAAUUUCAUUGUAGAUGAAGUAGGGAACCAUGGAAGGCCUUUGAGAGAGUGGCACACUCUCAGGAACAUUUCUACAAGAGCUGAUGGCAGAUAGGAGAGAAUCAAGUAGGCAUGGGUUUCCCCAGUUAGGGAAACCUUCAGUCCAGCACCUACAGGAUGGCUGGAGUGUUGGGUGUCUGAAUGCCAGACUCUGGGAUGAGAAGAAAUAACUCCCUCCCCUGCUCUACCACCUGCCCUCAUCUUCCACCUGGUCUUGCUCCCUUGGUGGUUGUGAAUGAGCUUUGAGGCCUUCCUCACAGAGCUGCUUCUGGCCAAGUCUAAGCUAUGGACCAAUGCUGAGUUUCUGGAGAGUCCCUGGAGUUGGGGGUGCUGAGUACUCAGCCUGGUCCUCGGGCCUCUGCAAGAGUUGCCUGUGCUGCCUCUCCAUACUGUGCUGGGCUGUCAGAUGGGGGCUGGAACUCAGUGCUCAGACAACUGACUUGGUUUUCUUUCUGUUGGGUUCCUAAGGGUCAGGGACCAGGGUGGGAGUGGCUCAGCAACUCUUGUGGAAAGCAUCCUGCCUCAACGUGACGGGAAGACCUAUCAAGAGCCAGGGCUGAGAUUGCAGCCCACUUGCUGCCUGCUGUAGCCCCAGCCAAAACUCAGGGUCAGACAGUUCUUAUGCCUUUUCUAACUCCUAAGACCUAGGAGGAGGGAAGCCCACAGUUACAGGUCAGAGAGACAUGGUUCAUAUGCAAAAGGGGUCUACAUGAUGGGGUUAUUUGAAGAAAGAGGUCAGAGAGGCUGGAAAGGUGGUUCAGGCCAGAGAAACCCCUGGCCAUGGACACACUCUGUGUUGUGCAAUACCUCAGUGUCUUUAGAGAAGGUUUUUGUGCCCUUGUGAGUUUUCUCAGCUGCUUUGGCCAGCUGAACACCAAAAACAGUGCCCUAGAAAGAAUAUGCUUCUUGCCUUCCAUGUAGGAAGGAUCAGGCAUACUGGUAUAACUGUGUAGAAGGGGACAGGAUGGCUCUGCUGGUGACCAGGCUAAUGCCCCUGCCCAGCAGGUAGACAGAUGCUGCCUGAAUAAAGACAAACGAUUCACAGCUUCUCUACCCACCAGGGCUUGGCCCCCAAGGUGAAUCUGAGCAGCUGAGCAGCUGGGUUUGCAGAGACAGCAAGCUGCACUUUGAUUUCAUUUGGUUUUCUUACAAAAUGACAUUAAGGGGAAUGUGAGGCACAGGAGAAUGGCGUGUCUGGAAGGCAGCAAGCUUGUCUGUCCUGGGCCUGCUGACAGACAGGUUUAGAGCACAGGCGCUGUGGCCUCAGAGAAAGGAGAAUCUGAAUGCAGUAACUGGCCCUGGGGACAGAACUUUCCUCCCAGUGUGUCCAACAGUCUGCUGAGUGGACCACACCCUCUCAUCAAGGUCCCAGGUCGACAGCUGGUGGAGAGGUGGACAUGCACUCCUGCUGGGCCCUGGGCUGCUCCACCCAGCAACUGGGGCUCACCACAGCACCACUGCAGCUCCGCCUUGUGAAUCGAUGCAACUUUUAAUUUGGCUCCACUGGCUUGUGAAGAUGAAAUAUGACCUGAUGGCCACUGCUCUGCAGCAUCCUGGGCCAUCCCAGCUGUUCAAGAUGACGAACAAGCUAUCAAAACUGCAUCUGAGAGUCAUAAUCACGGGAAACAUGGCCGGGCUCCUCCCCACCACAUAAAUCACCCUAAGAAGCACACAAUGGGCUUUUUCCUGAUGGGCCGAUUGUCUUGGUUUGGUGUCUCAGGACUUUGGAGCUGGGAGGCUGAGAGAACAACUAUGUGUUGUCAAAAAGGCCAUCUGUGCAAUUUGAAUACAAAGUGGCCCUUUUAGUUCCCCACACACCCUCUGUUUUCAUGUGUUCUUAUGUCUCAGGCUCUGGGCUUCUGGAAACACUUGUCUUUGGCAUUUGGAGCAACAUGAACAUUUUGAAAAUAAUGACACUGAUUGGUGUAUGUCUUUUUUAAAAAUUCUUUUGAUUUUUAAUGUUUUUUUUUCUUAAAUGCUGCCACCAAACCCCUAUUUUGCCACUCUUGCUACGAGGGCAUCAAGAAGGUUCUACAAGGGGGAGGGACAGGCAGCUUUGCAGUGUGGUAGGGUUCCCCCACAGUGAGAUCCCCAGGGCAUGUACUUUGGAGAUGGCAGCCAGGGUCCCCCAACGUCAUUUCUCCUAAGCCUCUUGGCAGUCCCAUUUUAUGGACAAGGGUGACCAGGCUCUGAGAAGUUAGGUGACAUAUCAUAGGUCUCACAGCUGGUAACUGGUUGAAUUACUCCUUAAGCUCAGAUCUUCCAGCUAAAUCCACUGCUCUUUCUAGAUGAAAAGCUUUGCUUUUAGGAAUAGAAGUAAGAGCAUUCAUUCAUUCAUUUCAUAUCGAAAGAGGCAGGAGGCAGGGGCUAACAGGUACCAGUGGGUACCAGAAGUGGUGGCCCACUCUCUAGCCAUAGAGAAUACUUUCUGGACUUUCUCUGCUUGGUGGAGAAGAAUUCUAGUUCUUCUAGUAUCCACUUCUCUGUGGAGUGGCACAGGCUGGAAAGAUCAGUUGCUCCUCCUAAGAGGUGGAAAGGAGUGUGACAACUCUGAGCUCCUACGAUGGCUCCCAGGCGGUGCUGGGACUGCUGGGUUGUGCUCGUCCCCUCUAGAAUCUGGUGGUCAAGAGGACCAGCUGAUGCAGAAAUGUCAGAGGCAGAAAGGGGCAGCUUCAGGCUCAGGCCUGGCUUCUGAGCAUCAGCGCCUGAGGAGGCUUUGACCUGAGCCCAGCUGAGAAUCUGCCGCUGCUGGCUCACUCUGCAGGGUUUUGUGCCCAGAUUUUGCUAAUUAGCUGACUUAAGAUCUCAGCUCUCAGUAAUUGAGAAUCAAAUGGGUUGGAUUUCAGUGCUCCCUCCAACCUCUUUUCUCCAACAGCACAACUGUUUUCCAGCUUUCCUGCCCCACUCCCUCAGUGUCUGUCUGUCUGUGGACAGACCGCCUUCCUUGCUGUCAUGUUCUUCUUUUUCCUCGUAAGGAACAGAGAACAACUCUACCCACUCCUGUCUUGUCCUUCUCUUUCCCCAAGCCUGUCUCUGAAGAGAGUUGCUUGCCAUCCUCAGAACUACUCCCAGAUCUUUGGUUUAGGGCAGAGUGAUGACAGUAGGUAAUUUAAUGAGCACUCAUACUGUGAGGCCUGGGACAUUAUCUCUUUUUAUCCUCACGAUAGCCUUAUGAGGUUCAUUGUCCUGUUACACAGUUACUCCCAUUGUACCCCCUUUACAGAUGAAGCCGUUGAGUCUUAGAGAAAUUAAGAAACUUGCCCAAGGUCACACAGCAGAUGGCUGGCUAGGAUUGCAAUCCAGGGCAGCCUACCUCUGACUCUUCUUCUGUUCGACUGCUGGGAGGGACUGGGGAGGCUGAGAAGUCGUGCUACUACCUAAAGGCCAUCGAAGGGGGUGUGACUUCCACAUAAAGCCCAGCUCUCCACUUGGCUCUUGGCUGCACUGCCCUCCUGUUUUGCUCUCGAAGCCUGGCCACACAGGACAAUUCACCCUCUCCAAAGUCCCUGUGCCUACUCAUAUGGGGGCUGCUCCUUCUGCCUGGUGCUACCCAAACGUCUUUGCUGUCCCUACCCGCGGCGGUCUUCAGACCUGGAGGGUAAGCACCAUGCCUAGGCCUGCAUCAGAAGCCAUUGCUUCCCUUGGUGCUCUCCAGAGGAUUUUGAAUUAUUUGUGCUCAGCUGAAACUUUCUUCUAGAAGGAGAUAGCAAGGUAGAAAGUCCAAUGUUGGGUGGGGAGGAGGAGGUCCCAAAAGAGGACAGGAGAGGGAAAGUAUGGGAACAGCAGGCCUCUCAUAAGUUACCAGGGUUCUAUAUCAAUAAAUCCCUUCCCUAAACUCCAUGUGUAUGCUUGAUGUCAAAAGUCCUUAUGUGUUCAUCAUAUGAGAUGUGAUCAAAAUAUCAAUGAAUGUUCAAGUUAACAUUUAGUAAAUAAAAGACACACUGCCAUUAAUCUCCUUCAAAAUGUUCUUCCAGCUGGGGGUACAGCUCAGUGGCACAGCGCCUGCCUGGCAAGUAUGGGGUUGUAAGUUCAAUUCCUGGUACCCCCCCCCCCACGGCAAAGGUGUUUUUCCUUGCUUCCAACACACUUAGCCCUGCCUUCUUGUCACUUUCUGAAGCUGUUCUGGAGUUUUGCUUUGUGUCUUUACAAGGUCUGAUCAAAAAUACAGUGAAGGCCGCUGCCCAGUCCAUCCAGUAGAGGGGCAGGUUUAUAAAAACAUUGUGGGUGGCCUCACCCAUGUCAUUCACAGAUCUGCUACUACAUGACUCCUGUUUCCUCCCCCAAAAGCCAACAUGACUGUGAAAGGUAAAUAUUUUGAAUCACUUCUGAGCAUAGAGGCAGUCAUAACAGUGCAACUAGAGAUACUUGUGAAAGAGGACUUGCAGAACCGCUUCAGAAUAUGGCAAGAAUGGUGGGACAAGUGGGUUCAGGGUGAGGGAGUUAAUGGCACGGUGUCUCUUACUGUAAUAAUUUUUUAAAAUGUGAACAUUCACUUGAUUUUUUGAACACAUCUCAUACAUUGCCUGCAAGACUGCAAACUGCCAGGGAACAAGAGGAGCACACGUUUGACUUGUUUCUCGCUUUGUUGUUGCCUAGUUCAUAGUAGGUGCUCAGUAGAUGUUGGAGAAUUGGGUUGGACUAGUAAAGUUCAAUCCUCCUAUGUUUAGAACAUGGAUGAGGAAACAGGGUCUAAAAGGGGAAUUGACCUGGCCAAGUCGGUAUCAUAGCUAAGAGUAGAACGCAGGUCAGCUGACUCUCUUGGCUGAGGGGGUUUUUUGUUUGCAGCUGCCACGGCAGGCCUGGAUUCCCACUUGGCUUGUGGAGCACUCUGGCCAAGUUCAUAUCAGGGUCAUGGAUAACAUCGUGUUCUCCAGCUGAUGUGGGACAUCCCCGGAGGAAAAGAUGCCUCAUAAAACUGUUGCUAUGGUUCUUUUCUCCUGGUUUUGGGCCUCCCCACUCUGAACAUUUUGCCUAGAAAAUCAGAGUAGGAUCCUGAAGCAAGAGCAGUCAGGAGACUGCUAUAGUACUUACUGUGUGACCUCAGACAAAUAAUUUAGCCUGUCUGUUCAUCUCUUCCUUACCAAGAAAAAUGAAGGAGCUGAAUUCCAGGUGACCUCUAGAAAUCACCAGAUCCCAAACUAUUAGAAAAAACAAUAAGGAUCAGAAUAGAGAAAGGUAGAGACCCUGCUCUAGUGCAGGAAUUUGUUUUGUUUCUUCAUCAUAGUGACACAGGCACGAGCCCACUCCCUUGAAACAAUUUGUGGGAUUGCAGAGGGGAGAAUGGACAGGCUGUAAAGCUUCAGGGUAAAGCUUUAACAGGCCAAAGGAAGGAAGGAAACAGACAUUUUGGUCUUCACAGUGAAACAACAGUGUAUACGGGUGGAUAUCUGUAAAUGUUGUAGCUGGGUUAUGUUUGUCACACACUUACAAUGCAUAGGUAAGCUUAGAGACCUUAUUCCAGGAGGGAUCCUCGUCUCAGACAGUCUAAACUAAAAAUCCACUCCUUCUUCCUCUGCAUCCGAGGUGCCUCUUUGAGCUCCUCCAGGGAGGCCAGCACAAAGCUGUCCAACUUAGUACCUCCCCUCCCCUCCCUGCUUUCUGCUCAGGUGGUCGGGCACAUAGGUGAUUCUUGUUUGAACUUCGUGGUAUGCUCUGUACCCUUUCCAACUGCUAGUUAAUGGCAUCAAGCUAAUUUUUAAGUAGAAUAUGUACUAAUUUUUCAUUUCUGGUGUGGUCAGAAGUCUCCUUCAAACCCUCUACCAGGAGUUACCAUUGAAUUUUUCAUUGCUUUUAACACCUAUCUCACACUAUAUAGACGACAUUACUGUAGAUAAAUUUUCUAAAAAGAUACCUUUUAAGUGUUAGUGAUUUUCCACUGUUGGCUUAUUCUUUUAUUGGAAUAUAGUUUUUCUAGCCUUUCUCCUUGGUGGAAGAACAUUGAGGGUCAAGCGGGCUUUCCUAGGAAACUGGCCACUGGUUUAUAACACAGUUGCAAUGGGAAUGUGCAUUCUGAGCCCUGUACUCAACUCUCGGAAGACUUUGGGAACAAAACCCAUCAUGUACCUAAGAGCAGAGACAAUACAGUGCUUACGCUGAGUAGCUACAAAUUUGGUAGAACCGUACAUAGAAUUUUUGAAUGGGACUGAAAAGCUUCCCCCAAGAGAUGCUAAGACCAAAGAGUGGCAAAAACUUAGCCAAGGACCCGGAGCUGGGGGCUGAAGAUUCUGCCAGGUUUGGGAGUGGAAGGGCCACAGAUUGCCUUAGAGGGUUCUCCUUCUCUUGCUCAGCAACCAUCUGUGCUAUGUCAUAAGCCACCACUUUGAGCUGUAAUGGAAAGAGAAACUAGUCCACCUAAUAGUGAGAGGAGAAGUUGUCUAGCCGGCUGUCUUGUCUAGAAAUUCCUGGCACACUCUUGCUGGAGUGGAAUGAAUGGACGGCUGUGUUUUACCUGGAGCUUGGAGUGCAGUGGGGCUGGUGAAGUUGCUCCCUGAGGUCUGUUCUAAGAAUAGCAGUGGGACAGAGCUGGAGGAAGAGGAGGGGUCUCCUGGGGGAACUGGGUGGGGACGCCUCCCCCUUCCCCUUCCUGCCAGGCCCUGUGUGAAGAAGUCCCACAGACUCACAGAAUCCAGAUCUGGGAGCUUCUUGGAGUACUCACCCGCCGCCUCACACAAACCUGGAGACACAGAGGAGGAAAGGCCUGGCCAGCAGUCACGGGCUGGAGCCGGUCCCAGAGGUGGUUUUUUUCCUCCUGCUGUUUCAGAGGGCGGCCUCGGCCCUUGCAUAGACUUUUGUCAUUGUCUCUGGGUGCAGAGUGCCUGGGAACUCCUGGGACCGGAUGUGGUUUGGCUUCCUGAGAGUCGCCCAGCAGGCGAGGAGUCCCCUGGCUGGUUCACCCUGUGCCCUGACCUUGGCCAGCUGGCCUUCAGCGCCAUGUCUUCCGCUUGCUGAUGCUGGCCCCUCCUUUGCUGGUUUGUCCUCCUGUCCCCUCCUCAACCAUCUGCAGGAAGUCAGGAUGGGGACUAACACAGAACUGGCCCGCAAGAGAGAGGGCCUUAAGGCGCAGGUCCAUUCUUUGCCUUUCCCAGGAAUGAGGCCAGUGGAGGCAGCUAAGGGUUGGGGAUUCCAGUACCAGCUCUGUCACUCACCAACUGAGGGGUUACUAUAAAGCAAGGCAGGAACACCCACCACACACACGCUGUCUUGUGGUGAUCAGAGGGGAAGGCUGUGCAAAGCGUCUCUUACACUGCCUGUGGUGAGUUAAGUCUUCAGAAACAGGAGAGACCCUCGUGGCAUCAGGAGUGAAUACCUGUCUAACUCUGUAUCCCCCUUCCUUGGGGCCUCCUUCCGUCAGAGCCUGGCAUGGUUAGCUCUGCUAUUUUUAAAAUGCAAUUGACUUUUUUGUUGCAUUGUAAAAUUAAUUCAUGUAAUAAUGUUUAUUAUGAAGAAAACAUUUAAUACAGAUGAGCCAGGAGAAGGAAAUUAGGUUUAUCCCUAAUUUCAGAACCCAGGGAUAACAUUUUGGGGGGAUUGUAUCAGGUUGUUCAUAUUCACAUGUAUCUUAUUGGUGAAAUGGGGUUACUGGUGCAGUUUUCUAAUCUGCUUUUUUCCUUUCAAAAUGCAAUGUAUUCAUGCUUCCCUACCAAUAAAUAUUCUUCCAUGGCAUCAUA